UUCCUAAACAAAUAUAUCAUGAAGCAUGGUCGAACUUCCCCAUUCAAAUGGGUCACUCUUCAGCCAGAGUUUGAAAAAGUUAUAAAUCAUAAAUUCGCCAGUGACAAAGCUAUGAAGAACAAGUAUGACAGUAUGAGAAAAGAGUACAACCUUUGGAAGUCACUUAAGAAUGGAGAGACUGGUCUAGGUUGGAAUGAAAGUACCAAGCAACUUAGUUGUUCUGAAGAAUGGUGGAAAAGAAAAAUUCAGGAAAACCCGAAAGUUCUAGCAAUUCAAAAUAACCAACCAUCUAUACAACUACAAGAAGAGUGGGAUCAGUUAUUUGGAGAUGUAGUUGCUAGUGGGGAAAAUUGUGUGGCACCCUCUAUGGAUCCAACUACAUUCAAUGAGGUGCAUGUUGAUAAUCUUAAGGAUGACAAUGUUGAGAACCUUGAGGAUGACAAUGUUGAGGGAGGUGACAAUUUCUUUGGUGACUUCUUGAACGAAGUAAGUCAACAUGAUGCAUCAACAUUAAGCCCAAGUGAGAUUGCAAAAAAUUUUGAAAAGUCUACUAAAGUAAACUAAGCCUAAACCAGUUAAGAUGAAACGUAAAGGGAGAGAAUCAUUGGGAGCUUCAAUACUUAAAGAACAUUUAACUCAAAGUAGUAUGAAUCAACAACGUGCUCUAGAAAUAUUAGAAUCAAAUUCUUCCAAACUCAGUCAAAGUACUAAGUUUAGUAUUGAAGCUGCUAUGGGUUUACUUAGCCGGAUGGUAGA